UCAAAACCAGCACGUUUCGGGAAGAAGACAAAAGGCAAAACAAAUAAAAAGACGCACAUGUCGCAGGCCAAUAAUUUUCCGAACCCAAACGUAAAUCUCCACGACAGGACGAUCCCAAGGGUUCCCGAAUUCAUGGACCAGAAGAGGGUUCCUAGGGAUUGAAAAAAGACGAAAGCUUAGGGGCUCAAUUGUGUUUUCGGUCAGGGCACAUGGAAGUGGAGGUGUUGGAAUCGAAAUCGACGGCGAUCGGGACUAUCCGAAGGGAGAAUUCGGAGAAGGAUCGGGUGCGCGUGAAGAAGAAGACCUUGCAGACCGUGCUCGAGCAGUGCCAGAGAGCUCUCGAAUUGCUCAACACCACGGGCGGUGGCGACGAUGACGAAGACGACGAUAGCGAUGACGCCGGCAGUCCGACCGUUGAUGACGAGCAACGUGGCGAGAGCUCGGGGUCUCUGCGAGGUGACCGAGAGGCCGAUGAGCUGUGCGAUCUUCUCAAGUCAAGGCUUGAAUGCCCUGACUUCCUUGAAAAGCUAGAGUGCGCACAGGCAUCAGUUCCACAAAAUAUGGCUGCAGAAGAAGGUAGUUCUUGGGAUAUGGUUAGUGAGAAUGAUUUAUGGGAAGAUGAAGAACUUGAUUUGGAACAGGAGGAUUACGUUCUUGUUAGGCAAGAAGAUAUAGUAGAGGGUAUUGCCUGCUUCAUGGCUGCAUAUUUGUUGUCCCUAAAACAGACUAAGGAUUUGACCCCUAACCAACUCCAGGAUGCACUCAGCAAGACAUUCUCUGUGAAAAAGAGAAAGGGAAAGCUUCGGAAGGCUUGGGAUGGAAGCAAAGUUCUUUACAAUGUGGCAUCUUGGGGUGCAACUGCUAUAGGGAUAUACCAAAACCCUGUAAUUCUAAGGGUUGCAACGAAAGCCUUCUGGACUUCAUGUCAUGUAAUAUCAAAGCUUCUAUGAUUUGCCUGUGCUGUAUGGAGAAAAGGUUCUGGUGUUGGGAUUCUCGGUUGUAUUUGCGGGGGUGCUCGCGUGGUGUUCCACAAGUUGUAUGACAUUAAUGGGACGUGUUUCAUAACCACUGAUUGAUUAAUUUCUCGCCAUAAUUUUUAAUCUUGUAAAUAUUUCUCUCCUUUGUAGCAUUUUCAGGGUGCAAUUCAAAUUCAUUUGGAAAAA